AUGAAGAGGCGAAGGGCAGUGGUGAGGGAAACUCCAUGGACAGGUCAGGAGAUUCCCAAUAUUUCAGAGGACACAAUUGCUGACCCCCUCAGGCCUGUUCCUCAUGAUUCCCUUUUGGAGGUUGCGAAAUUCUGCUGGGAAUGGGGACAAGAAGAAAAGUAA